AUCUAUAUGGAGCCCCGGAAAUAUUCAACUAAAUGGAAAGUAAGGUUAAAGUACCACUUCUGAGGAACCGGUUAGGACACGUUGGAUGUAUGAAAAUAUUUUGAAAUGGAUAUUGUUAAUUCAGUUUUAAAUAAUGAAAACCCCGGCCAGUCUACUACGGUUCACAAAGAGAUCGAUGCCGAAAUUGACGAGGGAACCUUACUAAUUUCCGAUUACAGUCCUUUUGAUUCAAAGCGAUUCAGGAGCCAGCCAAACGAAUAUUUAAAAGAUCUAACGAGAGACAACGUGCAAUUGUUAAUAAAUAAAAUUUGGACUUUGCCAACGGAGCGUCAAGAAGAAACCAUAGUAGUUAAAUUGCCAUCACCAAAAUUUAUACUUCCAAGAGCUAGACGUGUACCAAAACCAAAGCCACUAACAAAGUGGCAGCAAUUUGCUAAGGAAAAAGGUAUCCGCUCUGGUAAGAAGGAUAAAACAAAGGUCAAGUGGGACGAAGAGCUUCGGAAAUGGAUCCCAAGUUUUGGAUAUCAGCGGGUUAAAGCAGCUGAACAAAAGGAAUGGCUAGUGGAGCUAGGGGCAAAUCAGUCAUCAACCGAAGAUCCCUUUGCCACGGCGAAUGCAGCUAAAAAGGAAAGGCAGGCAAAGAACGAGUUACAAAGGCUCCGUAACAUAGCCAGAGCUAAGAACGUAAAGCUACCCAAGGUCGGUUUGCCCAGCACGGAACACUUCCGAGAUUCCCGCCAGGUUGCGAGUGCAGUUACCGUGGCACGUGUAUCGACUGCGUCGGUGGGAAAGUUUCAAAGAAGAUUGCCAAAAGAAAAGGAUGCAAAAGAAGACAUCGCAAGAGAAGUACCCGGAAUGAAACGAAAGAGAGAACCACCGCCAAAAGACAGCGCGGACGAGAAGAGACGCAAUGCCUCCUUAGUGAACGACAUUUUGUUAAAAAAAACAAAAUCCAGUCUCCUGAACGUCGAAUCGUCGAUACCCUCCGUAUCGGCCGCCCGAUCCUCAAAAACUGGGGGAAAGAAGAAGCCUCGAGCAAAGUCGGGAAAAAAGCCGAAGGGUGGCCAAGGUAACCGGGACGUGAGAUCAAGAGCAGGAGGAAGGAAGAGGCGACACAAGUGAUCCUAAAAUAAAAUCGAAUUCACGAGACAAAGCUGGUGAAAUAUAAAUUGUCGGGAAA